AUGUUUUAUAAACCUGAACUACUAAGCUUUAAAAAUAAAACAGAAAUUAGUUUGAUUUAUUAUUGUUCAACUUGUAAGGGUAGAAAGAAAGUAAAACAAGUAGAUAUUUCAAACUUUGAUAUUGUAAAAUCAGUUAAUAAUAUUAUGAAUCCACCUGAAGUAUUCGCAUUGAGACUUAAUCUUUAUUUAAUGAAAGGCAUUGUUGUUAUAUGGAAUAUGAAAAAAGACUAUCUAAAGAAAACAAUACAAAAGUUUGAUUUAAGAAUGAAAUCGAAUAUUAAAAGAGAACCCAAGAUACAUCCUAAACAAAGAAAACUUACCUUUGAUAAUACUAAAGUAGAUCAGAUUUUCCCUCGUCACAAUAGAAAUCUUAAUACAAUUUCAUUAUUUGAUGAUGUGUCUGAAAUAAACGAAAAUCAAAAGGAUAAUUUUAUUGAACUUUAUAAAGAUAAUUUGAAUGAUAAUAAGAAAAUAAACAUUGGAGGAAAUGAAUUAGAAAUUAAGAAUGACUUAAAUGAGGGCAGUAAUCAAGAAUUCAAUAAUACUGUUGAAUUUUUAGGUGAUGUUGAAGUAGGAGAAGAUUUAUUGGAACCUAUUAAUGAUGAAAGUGUGCUAUCAAGAAUCAAAAGAAUUAAAAUUGAUAAGACAACUACCAUUAACAUCAAACCUUUUAAUGAUAACAGUAUUCUUGAAGAUAUUAAUAUUUAUCCAUCUCUAUUAUCUGGUGAUAUUUUUACAUUUCUUGAUAAGGAAGUUAAACAAGAAAUAAGAAAUAUUCAACAAAGAAGAAAUUCUUCUACUUCUAGUUCGAUUCCCGUUCCUACUGAAUUUGGUAGAAAUGCAACAAUUUCAUCAGAACCUGAAUAUCUAUUUGAUAAUUUUCCUGAUGAUCUUAAUUAUUUACAUGACAAUGAUAAUCAACCAAGAGGUGUAAAUCAUUCAAAAGCAAUGUGGUUUUAUAAUCUACUGGUUGAUGCAAGUAAAGGUAAAAUAGUUCCAAUACAAAAUCAUCCUUAUGAUGAGAUAAGAAUACAAUAA